CCCUCCAGCGAGCCUGGCGGUAGGGGGCUUCACUUAGCGUGGGCGGCCAGAAAGCGCUGCCUUUCAGCUGUUGGAUCCUGCCACCUUCCUGGCCCGACACCAUGGGAGUGACUUGUGUGUCCCAGAUGCCUGUCGCUGAGGGCAAGAGUGUCCAGCAGACCGUGGAGCUCCUCACCAGGAAAUUGGAGAUGCUUGGGGCAGAGAAGCAAGGAACAUUUUGUGUGGACUGUGAGACCUACCACACGGCUGCCUCUACCCUUGGCAGUCAAGGUCAGGCCGGGAAGCUGAUGUAUGUGAUGCACAACUCAGAGUACCCUUUGAGCUGCUUCGCCCUCUUUGAGAACGGCCCUUGCCUUAUUGCUGACACCAACUUUGAUGUGCUCAUGGUGAAGCUCAAGGGCUUUUUCCAGAGUGCCAAGGCCAGCAAGAUUGAGACCCGGGGCACCCGUUACCAGUACUGUGACUUCCUAGUGAAGGUGGGCACGGUCACAAUGGGACCCAGUGCCCGAGGCAUCUCCGUGGAGGUGGAGUAUGGCCCCUGUGUGAUAGCUAGCGACUGCUGGAGCCUGCUGCUCGAGUUCCUACAGAGUUUUCUGGGCAGUCACACGCCAGGGGCUCCCGCAGUGUUUGGGAACAGACACGAUGCAGUCUACGGUCCAGCAGAUACCAUGGUCCAGUACAUGGAACUCUUCAACAAGAUCCGCAAGCAGCAGCAGGUAAUAGAGAAGAGGAAACCUAACCAAUGACUGUGGAAUAAUAUGGAAGAAGAUGGAAA